AUGAGUUACCUCCCCACCCCGACUCGCCCACCGCAGCGUGGUCGCCCUGCUGGUCAGCCCAAUGUAACGCUGGAGGUCCCGCAACUGGAUCAUUACCACGAUCGUGCUGAGAAAGCAUUAACGGAGACUAUCACAGCUUAUGGAAAGUUGAACGGAGACGUGAACACAAAACAAUGGAAGUCACUGCGAUCGAAACGCGGCGUCCGAUUAUUUCGUGGCCACCCCCUUGUUGUCGGACACACACCACUAUUAUGCGUCGGCACACUGCACGCACGCUUCGAUGAUGUCCUUGAAGGUCUUUACUGCGACAACACGGAGGAGAUGCUAUUCAUGAACGCCAUCACUUGUCCGCGGCUGGCCGAUAGCGGCGUACUGACCGCAGUACAGAAGAGGACAAGGCUGGAGCCGUACGCCUUCACUGGUAUCAAGUGGACGACGAUCAAGCUGACUAUGGCCAAUAAUCGGGACUUGUGUUACUUCGAAAAGGUGGGAAUGGUACGCCAAGCAACGGGGAAGCGAAUGGCGUACCACGUCAUGCAGUCGGUGGAGCUACCGGAGUAUUCUAGCAAGAUGACGCACCAGCGUGCACAUGUUUCGCUUUGCUAUGUGUUUGAGGAGCUGGAAGACGACCUGGUGGGUGUCUACAUGAAAGGUGACGUCGAUAUUGGUACCUUUGCACUCGCGCCAAGAAACUCACGCUGA